AUGUCAUCCAAGAAGCCAACCACCUCACCCACACCAGCGAUGGUACCAGACCAUCCAAGCCAGCAACUAAAACCAGGAUUCUGUGCUCUCCGUCUGGAGAACCUGGACCAACAACCCUCCGCGACAAAACGCGAGCUGAUGGUAUCAAUCGCGGCAGACAUCUGCGCAACAUUCAUCAGCAUCGCCAAGUACUCCGAAGACGGCACACUCCAAGCACGGCACACUGGGGUGAUUGACAAUGUGAUCCAGACGAUCCGCGACACGGAUGUGAAGCAGCGACACUUGCUCGAUCGACAAGUACAUCGACUGCGCAAAGAGAGAAAAUGGAUCCGGAAGAAGUAUUCACGAUUGGCAGGCCAGGCAGACGGGCUGGGUCGGGCAUAUCAGACGAAGAUACAGAAUUUGAGAAUCUCGCUACGAGAGUUACAGGCCGAGGUGGCCCGUCUACAAAAGGAGCGGGAUAUGCUGCAAGCGUGUUUUAAGAAGAAGAUCAUUGAGGAGGGUGCCUCAAAUGAGGAUGUCGAUGGGGAAUUCGAGGUUGAUGAAGGGGAGGAGGGACACCUUUGA